AAGGGGAAAAGGUGCUGAUUAGAUGAGGAAGCGACCGUAGGGAUGUUGCUCACAGAUGCAUUCAUCAUUUGUUGGCCUCCUACUGAUGUCUGAUUAAUACUCCUGUCUUCUGGGAACCCCCCAAAGGAAACUGACACACAAGAGACCUCACACAGUAACAUUACACAGUGAGCGAUGGAUCCUACAUUUGAUGAAACACUAAACAUUUAAGAAUUUUACACACGCUUUAAUCCAAAGCAACAUACGGAGUGUUUCCUUGGAACUGAACCCAUUAUCUCCACGGUCUAUAUGAUCUGCCAGGAAGGAAAAGCUUAUACCUCUACACAGUCAAGCACAUGCAUGUUAUAUAUCAAGCACUUUACAGAUCAACCCAGUUGAACACAUGCAUCAGCUGCUGAUCCAUGACUCAGAGUCUAGCCAUUUCACCCACACGCCUUUUAAGUCCUACAUUUCCCAUAAUGCUUUAAGGUGUGGGAAAGCAGCAGUAUUGUGCUGUGCUCAGGCUGAAUGGUAAUCGAUCACACACUGGUGGGGAGAGAAACAGCUGAAAACAGAUAUAGUGAGAGAAGAGAAGGAAAGCUGAGGGUCUGCAGGCUGAAAGAAGGAUUCUUUAUGGCAGUCAGAUGAGGGUCUUCACACUCAGAUGAAUUCUGUGAUCGCUGCUCUCCAGGAACUCAAACUCUUACAAGUCCAGACUGCACUGGAAAAGUUGGAUUUCUCCAGCAAACCCAGUCAGGUCUCACCACUCACCAGUGCUCCAAACACACAGAUCCUUGAUCAAAACAAAAGCUCAAGUGGAACCAAUCUGAACCAAACCCAAAAUCAAGAAAAUCUAUGUUACAAGAAUGAGUUUGGCAUGGACUCAUCUAUAUUCCUCUCAAGUUCUCCGUUAGAGAACCGCAAUAUACCAAGGGCACAGGCACCCAUGAGCAUCAACUACCGAGGAAGUCUAAGCACUUCCUCUUCAUUCUCCAGCUCUCAUGAAGACACACUCGACUUUUCAUGUGACAACGACGACUCCACCGAUUGGACUGCCUCGUUGAUGAACCAAAGUAGGAAUAGGCAGCCAUUGGUGUUGGGCGAUAAUGCUUUCGCUGAUUUGGUGGGGAACUGGUUGGACCUGCCAGAUGUUGGAUAUCAGACAGCAGGUGAGGAGGUAGAUGACUCAAGCCUCAAAGACACAUCCAUUGAAUCAUCAUCUACCAGUCAUUCUCAGGAGCUUUCCAGGCGACUCUCUCUAACUGCUAACAUCUUCAAACGUGUUUUACGCCGCGCUCGACCAGGAAGAGGUAAACCACAGGACUGCCCUGGACAGCUUCACCAAGGGAGUGAGGGGAUGGAGGUCUUUAAACAGCCAAAGAGUACAUGCAGGAAACCAAAGGGCAUUGCAAGUAAACCAUUCUGGGUGAGAACAAGAGGACUGAGGAAGAAAACCACACCCAUCCAGCAGGAGGGCGUGGCCUGCAAGAGCUCAGGUGGACUGAUAGGAUGGCCAGAAACUGUAGACAAACAUCACCAUGUGUUUGAUUACAGCUCAGCUGUGUGGGUCUAAGAUACCGACAUAGGAGCCAUGAAAACAUUGUUAGACAACUGAUGGGCUUAGUGAGUAAAACGACAAAAAAGUCCUUACACUAUGAACUUAGAUGGUUUCUGAGGAUUUAAUGAAAUAAGGAAAAGAAAAACAAAACGUGUUUGUCAUCUUGCUUAAGUUACAGUUGCACUCUAGAAGCUACUUAUUCCGCCUGAUCUCACUUGAAUUCAUAACUAUUUUAUGAGCUGGCAACUUCGUAUCAAUUCGUAUGAUUUGAAUCUUACAAAAACGUAUGAUUAUUAGAAAAUUUAAUAUUGAAGCCCCUCCCCUAACCCCACCCCUAAACCUAACUUCACUGGCAUGAAAGUAGUUAAAACGUAAUAAGAUCAUCCAAAUUAGCCAAAAAAGAAAAAUAUUUAUGAAUUGCCACGAGAUUGUGUUGAUUUACUCCAAAGAUAUGUUAAGAUAAGUUUUCUGGGAAUGAUUUAUAUUGUUUCAUUGACUAUUGACCAUGACAGAGCUAUGAGGACUUGAAAAAUAUUAAUAAAAUCAGACCGUAUUAGCAUUUCAAAUUUGCUUAGGCCCAUUGAUAUGCUGUUUGUUUUUAGUCUGGCAGUGCUUUAGUAGGACGCCAUACUGUCAAUCAUUCAGUUAAAAGUCUUGGUUGCUGCAUUUUUCACAACCUGAUGCAAAAAAAACUGCAGGCAAAUGUUUUCUACUUACCGUAAAAAAAACAUGCAACGAAAACUAUGCAAAAUAUUUAUAAAAAGUGGCCAAAUGCAAAUAGUCUACCCUUAUCAGCAUGUUCAUGUUCUCCAUUUUCUCGUUGUCCCCCAGUGCUGUAAUAAAUUAUGUGUGGGUUCACACAUCGUUUUAUAUAAGAGAGUAAUAACACCAAGACACCGCAUCUAAAAGUACAUAACUCAUUUCCCUAAAUUGUGAGUUUACGUUUUUUUUUUUUUUUUACAAUUAAUGCAAAUGUUAGCUGGUAUGCAGCAUCACAAGCAUACAUUUGCCCGUUAUUGGCAUGGAAUAAAAGUGCUUGCAAAAUUAAUAAAUAUACAUAAAACAGCUGUAUUGUGUGUUUAUCAGUUGAGACAAGUUAAAGACAAUAAUGGUCUUCAUAGUUGAACAACCAUUAAUUUCUUUGCAAUGACUUGUUAGUGG